CUCUCUCCUCCUCCUCCCCUCUGUGUCUUCUGUGUGUGUUGCGACUCUCACUCAUUUUAAUGGCGUGAGCGUUAACAGUAACAGACCUUUACAUCCACGCUCAGAACAACGGUCGCAAUCGAAGCCCACCUCCAUCUCACUCUUCAUCUUCUUUUCUAACAACCCAAAUCAAAUCAAAUCGAAAUGAGAUUGAAAUGCAACUGAAAUUUCUUUCACUCUCCCAUCCUACUUUGGAGGGUGGUCGUCCUCAGAGACGCCUGUUCCUUGUUUUGCCUUCCUGAUAUAUGCAUUUUCGCCCAUCUGAAUCGAUUUUCGAUGUGGGUUUUGUGAUUUUUGGAUUGGCUUUUUUGCGCUCUGUCCGUGUUUGUAUAUUUGUAUGAUUUUGCGAUGUUUAAGCAAGCUCAGAAAGACAAGAUUAUAGGAAACAUGAAGAGAGAUGGAGAACUUGAGACAUUGUUCAAUGGGGUUGACCAUGGACCGUCUCUCAAUAUUCAUCAUCGUCUGCUUAUGGGCAUUCCAUCCAUUGAUGGAGUUUCUCCACAAUCUGAAAGCUCUCCUUCCAGUCUCUUCUCGGGUGAUUUUUGUUCUUCUGAUGAUCCUUCACCUGAGGAGAAUAAGUUUCGAACAUCAGGUACCCGUUACUUAAAUGGAUUGUGGGUGGGCUCUAAGUCACCCAAUUCUUGUGGUAGAACGAAUGCCAAUGAGUAUAAGAUUGAUGAACUUGGUUUAUCUGAAAAUUUUUACAGAAUGAAUGUAGGAGAUGGAAAUAAAGAUUGCUUGAGAACGCGGGAAUUAAGAAUUGACACUGAUGGGUUCGGUUUUCGAGAUGCUUCCUUGAGGGGGACUCUGCCCUGCAGUCUUGAAAACUAUGAUGCAUUUGAACGUCUAAACAAAAAUGCUUCUGAUUGUGGAGGGUUCCAAUAUUCUCUUUUUGGAGCUUCUGCGACUUUGGGUGAUGAUAGGAGGUCGGCAUUGCCCGGGUUAAGGCAAGGAUAUAAAGAUGGGAAUCCAAUGGUGUCUAAUCUUUGUGAAAAUCAAUCCAUUCCUUUGUAUUCUCACCCUAGUUGCUAUGAAACUCAGAUUAAUUAUUUUCGAGCAAAAGAGCAAGCAAAUGACUCUUACCACAGAUCAAUUCAAUCACAGAACAUAACUAUGGGUAGAUCUUGUCUUAAUAAUGGUUUCUACUGCUCACAGCAGCUUGGUAUUGAUUCUGCUGCCGCAAGGGGCUUAUACAAUUCCCAUCAUCUGAUGCAAUCCAAGUUUGCACUGAGUGGGGAAACUCCAGUAUAUCAUUGCUCAGCAGACGAAAGAACUAGAGCAAUCUCAAAGGAUGGGGUUCCGCUAUCCCUUUCGCUGAUGAAAGGUGCAGGCGAUCUUGAGGCUUUUGGUUGUGAGGAUAGUUUCAUCAUUCAGGAAAGAAAUUUAAAUUAUGUUGUUAACAAGAAGUCUGAUUGUUCUAGGGGCCACAAGAAAGAUUUAUGGAAUGAAGUUGCAUUGCGAAAACUUAGAGAGAAAAGCUCCAAAAUUGAUGCUCGAUCUGUGUCUCUAGGAGUUUGCAAAAAUAGUCAGAGCCAAAGGAGUUGUUCCCCAUUGCUUUUACAACCAAAUUAUAGUUCUUUAGCUGAGGUCCAAGGUUAUGUAUACUUCAUAGCCAAGGAUCAGCAUGGUUGUCGGUUCUUGCAAAGGAUAUUUGAGGAGGGGACCUGUCAGGACAUCCAAGUGAUAUUUAAGGAAAUUAUUGAUCAUAUUGUUGAACUUAUGAUGAACCCUUUCGGAAAUUAUCUUGUGCAAAAGUUAUUGGAAGUUUGCAAUGAAGAACAGAGAAUGCAGAUUGUGAAUAAAGUGACUCAAGAACCAGGCAAGCUAGUCAGAAUUUCCUUAAACACACAUGGCACGCGUUCAGUACAGAAGUUAAUUGAGACUCUCAAGACUAGGCAGGAGAUAUCAUUAGUUAUAUCAGCCCUUGAACCAGGUUUUCUUGAUCUCAUUAAGGACCUGAAUGGAAAUCAUGUGGUGCAGCGUUGUUUGCAAUGCCUUGGCAAUGAAGAUAAUAAGUUUAUUUUUGAGGCUGCGGCAAAGUUUUGUGUUGAUGUCGCAACUCAUCGGCAUGGAUGUUGUGUUCUUCAACGAUGUGUAGCUCAUUCAGUUGGGAAACAUCAAGAAAAGUUGGUUGCUGAAAUUUCAGCCAAUGGGCUUCUACUAGCCCAAGAUGCUUUUGGAAAUUAUGUUGUUCAGUACAUCAUAGAGCUGAAGAUCCCAUCCGCUGCUGCCAACUUCGUUUCACUAUUUGAAGGGAACUACGUACAGCUCUCAGUGCAAAAAUUCGGCAGCCAUGUGGUUGAGAAGUGCCUCAGGUGUAUCGACGAGAGCCGGUCAAGGAUCAUUCAUGAAUUGCUUUCGGUCUCCCACUUUGAACAGCUGCUGCAAGACCCAUACGCCAACUAUGUCAUUCAAUCCGCACUUGAAGUUACGAAGGGCGCUCUUCGUGCUUCACUGGUUGAAGCCGUCCAGCCACAUACGAUCCUACGCACCAGCCCAUAUUGCAAGAGGAUUUUCUCACGGAAUCUCUUGAAAAAGUGAUUUGCGGUAAGAAGUGUUGUUGUUCUCCCAAGCAUCCGACCAUGUUGCAUUAAUAAUUUUACUCUAGCCUGUCCAGGGGAAUCUGAUGUUAGAAUAGUUAGACGUUGAUCUCUGGGCAAUCUCUACAACCUAGGGCUGCCUGGGUGAUCUCCACGUGUCUCUAUUCUUUAGUUGGUCAAAACCAAAUUUUGUUCCUAAUUGCUCAUCAUGUGGAUGAGCAUUUGUAUUCCUUUGUUGUCUUCUGUAUUUGACUUUAAAAAACGAUGAGAUUUUACAAGUAGUAUCUGUUUUUGCUUUCAAA